GAAAACUGUGUUGCUGCCCUCGACGAUGAUUUGCAAGAUUCGGUCGCUUCGCUUUGGCGUCGGUUUGAAGGUCUAAUUUUUUAAUAAUUUAAUGCUGGAACAUUAAUUUAUACGAUCAUAAGUUGACUCAGAUCAUCGGGAUGGCAGAAAGCGAGGUAUUCGGAGCAGAGAAAGUACGGGGCAGAAAAGGCAGCAUGGACAUUCCUCCAGCAUUUUCUGACUUAAGGCUGGUGCUUGUUGGGAAGACUGGUGUAGGAAAGAGUUCCAGUGGAAACACCAUAUUAGGAAGAGAAGCCUUCAGAGCAGCGACCAAACACUCCUCAGAGACCCCUGAAUGCUCCAAACAACGAGAAGAAGUGUUCAACCGGAUGGUUUCUGUUGUCGACACUCCCGGUCUCUUUGACACCUAUCAGUCUGAUGAAAAAGUGAAGAGAGAAAUCUCAAAAUGCAUCAACAUGUCGGCUCCUGGUCCCCACGCCUUUCUGCUGGUGAUCAGAAUCGGAGUAUUCUCUAAAGAGGAGAGAGAUGCUGUGAUGAAGGUGAAGGAAAUUUUUGGAGAGGAAGCCUGGAAAUACUCCAUGAUCCUCUUCACACAUGGUGAUGAGGUGGAGAAGACGGACUUUGACGAGAUGUUAAAGGAGGCUGGACCCGAAUUGAAGGAGAUCUUAGAGAAGGCUGGAAAUAGAUACCAUGUCUUCAAUAACCUCAGAGCUGACGAUCGUCGACAAGUUCUUGGUCUGCUAGAGAAGGUUGAGGACAUGGUGCAGAAGAAAGAAGGAAAGUUUUACUCUAAUGACACAUAUGAAAAGACAGUAGAUAUGCUGGAUCAGAAAGAGCGUGAACUCAAACUGUUCUAUGAGAAAAGACUGGAGGAGGAAGUGGAAGCCGUGAGGGCAGAGUACGAGCAGCUGCUAAGAGAAGCUCAACAGGAUAAAGAGAAGCUGGAGAAAAGGAUGGAAGCUGAGCUGAAGGAGUUGAAGCGUUACUACUCUGCCUUGGAGAACGGAGUCCGUCACGUUGUAGAGCAGCUGGCCAAAGAUGAUGAUGAUCAACUUCUGAAGAAGUUUCAUGAAGUCUUGAAACUGAACUGAAAAACAUAUGAAUGACUGGUUUGUUGGACACGUUUUAAUACUGAAUAAUUGGUGAUCCAGCUUUGUAAGUCAGAAUAAUCUUUGCAUGUAGAUAUUGGUGUAAUGUGUAUUAUGUACAUUCAAAUGUCACAAAAUACUAUUUAGAUGUUAUAUAACUUGUUUUCACAGAAAGGAAAAAUCUCGGUCCUGGAGGGCCGGCAUCCAGCACGUUUUAGUUCUCUCCCUGGUGGCACCAACAACCUUUUCAGCAUGUCAAUGUUCUUCUUAGGCCUUCUAACGAGCCAUCAUCUGAUUCAGGUGCAUUAAACCAAAGAGAGAACUAAAACAUGCAGGGGGCCGGCCCUCGAGGACCGAGUUUGGGGAGCCCUGGUGUAAUGUGUAUUAUGUACAUUCAAAUGUCACAAAAUACUAUUUAGAUGUUAUAUAACUUGUUUUGACAGAUGUGAUUCUCAUAAUUCAUGCUUCGAGUAUAUUAAUUUCUUCUGUAAUUAAAGUUUUUACUCAUUUUUUG